AUGCCAGUCUCUUGGGGAUUUGGUUUGGGUUUAGGCCUGCCAGCAGGCGCCGAAGUCACCGAGGGUGAGGCAGACGGCGGCCUCCUGCCUCCAGAACCAGGAGACCAGCUGGUGAGGAAUGCUGCACGGGUUACAGAGUUUAAAGGCCCACAGUGCAAGCUACCUGGAGUCCCUGUUGUCAAUGAGUAUGCUGAUGCUCAACUGCAGAACUUGGUGAACAGAAUGCAGCAAAGAACUGCUCUCUACAAGAGGAAGUUAAUAGAGGGAGAUCUUUCCUCACCUGAAGCCAGCCCACAAAUUGCAAAAUCCACGGCUACAGCAGCAACACAAGAGAGUGAUGCUAAGCUUAGCAACGAGCAUUACAAUGGAAAGUUGUGCUACAAAUUUCAGAAAAUGUCUCUGACAGAGUGCCUAAAGCAAAUUAGACUUCCAAGAAGCAUCGAUUCAUACACAGAUCGACUCUACCUCCUGUGGCUCUUGCUAGUCACCCUGGCCUAUAACUGGAACUGCUGGCUUAUACCACUGCGCCUGUUCUUUCCUUAUCAAACACCGGACAACAUAGGGUACUGGCUCAUUACAGACAUCCUGUGCGAUCUCAUCUACCUUUGUGACAUGACACUAAUCCAACCCAGACUCCAGUUUGUGAAAGGCGGAGAAAUAAUAGUGGAUUCAAAUGAGCUAAAGAGACACUAUAGGAGUUCUACAAAAUUUCAGUUGGAUGUCGCGUCAGUAAUACCAUUUGACAUUUUCUACCUCUUCUUUGGAUUUAAUCCAAUACUUAGAACAAACAGGAUGCUAAAGUACACCUCAUUUUUUGAGUUUAAUCAUCACCUAGAGUCUAUAAUGGACAAAGCAUAUAUCUACAGAGUCAUUCGAACAACUGGAUACUUGCUGUUUAUUCUUCACAUUAAUGCUUGUAUUUAUUACUGGGCUUCAAACUAUCAAGGAAUUGGUUCCACCAAGUGGGUAUAUAAUGGUGAAGGAAACAAGUAUCUGAGAUGUUAUUAUUGGGCAGUUCGGACUUUGAUCACUAUUGGGGGACUUCCAGAACCACAAACUACAUUUGAAAUUAGUUUCCAACUCCUGAAUUUUUUUUCUGGAGUUUUUGUAUUUUCCAGUUUAAUUGGUCAGAUGCGAGAUGUAAUCGGGGGAGCUACAGCCAAUCAAAACAACUUCCGCUCCUCUAUGGAUGAAACCACUGCCUACAUGAACACUUACUCCAUUCCUAGAAGUGUGCAGAAUCGGGUACGAACAUGGUUUGAAUAUACGUGGGAUUCUCAAAGAAUGCUAGAUGAGUCCAAUUUGCUGGAGAAUCUGCCAAAAACAAUGCAGUUGUCCCUCGCCAUUGACAUGAACUUCAACAUCAUCAGCAAAGUCGACUUGUUCAAGGGUUGUGACACACAGAUGUUGUAUGAUAUGUUGCUAAGUUUGAAAUCUGCCAUCUACUUACCUGGUGACUUUGUCUGCAAAAAGGGGGAAAUCGGCAAGGAAAUGUAUGUAAUCAAGCAUGGAGAAGUACAAGUUCUUGGGGGCUCGGAUGGUGCGCAGGUUCUGGUCACUCUGAAAGCUGGAGCGGUGUUUGGAGAAAUCAGCCUUCUAGCAGCAGGAGGUGGAAACCGCCGAACUGCCAAUGUGGUGGCCCACGGGUUUGCCAAUCUCUUAACUCUGGACAAAAAGACUCUGCAGUCCAUCCUAGUGCAUUAUCCAGAUUCCGAAAAGCUUCUCAUGAAGAAAGCCAGAGUGCUUUUAAAGCAGGCGGGGAAGACCACAGAGCCCAACCCUCCAAGAAAAGGACUUGCCUUUCUCUUCCCACCAAAACAACCAACACCCAAAAUGUUCAAAGCUCUCCUGGGAGGCUCUCGAAGAGCAGAUCUUGCAAGACUACUCAAACUGAAAAUCGAACAAGCUCAGAAAAAGGAUGAAAACCUUGGAAGAGAAGAGGGUGCUGGAAAAGAGCAUGAAGAUAAAGAAAAUGAGGAUGAAGAUAAAGAAAUCAAGCUGGCAGAGAAAUCCCCAGACAGAUCCAAAAGUAGGGCAAGUUCAAGCUCAGCAGAGGAAGCACCCCCAUCAAUGAGAAAGGCGGUUUUAUCCCGGGGAACUAGUGGCCAGUCACUCAUCAUCAGCAUGGCUCAUUCUGCUGAGGUCGGGGAAGAGAUUCUGACUGUUGAAGUCAAGGAAAAGGCUAAGCAAUAA